GUUUUGCCUCCACUCCUCAUAUCUGAUACCACUUUCUCCUACAGUCCGGCAUGGCAGAAAACAUGAAGAAGAUCCAGGAGGCACGGGAUGAGGUCACAUCCCUCUCUGAGAAUAUCACUGAGGAGAUUGACAGGAUAAAGGAAGCACAGAACCACACAGCACAGAAGAUUAAGGAGUUGGCUGCCUCAAUUAAGAAGCUGGAGGAAGACCUUAAAAAGCUGAGGCAGGAUGCAGCGAAGUGGAAAGAAGAGAGCAGCAAUGAGAUCUCUCAGCAACUCGAGGCUUUGCUGGAGGAGACAAAGCGUGAGCUGCAGAAGAUGGGAGAGCAGCAGGAGAUGAGGAAGGCCAUGCUGGAGCAGCUGGUGACUGAGACAACCAGCAAGCUGGCUGAGAUAGGGGAGAUAGUGAAGAGUGUGCAGGAGGAGAAGGAGAAGGCAAAGGCAGAGUGCUCCAACUGCACCUUUGACAUCAAUGAGCAUUUGGGGGAGCUCCUCCGGCGCUGUGAGAACCUCCAGGAGCAGGUGGAAUCCCUGGAGUCCCGGCAGAUGGCUGUGGGCAAGCUUGAAAAGAUGAUGAGGAAUUGGGGCCAGAACACACAGCAGAUGCAGCCCGAGGAUGCAACAGCUGUACAGAUGCAAAGGGACUAUGAGAAGCUCAGCUUCAUAUCUGGGACCCUCCAGAAGGACUCUGAACAAAAGCAGAAAGAAAUCAAAAUGCUGUUCCAGUCUCUGGAGAAGCUGCAGAAGGAGAAGGCAGAUCAGCAGGACAUGCUGGCAGCAAUGGACAUGAAGGCGGACAAAGCUGCCUUGGGCAGCAAAGUCAAUUGCAGCCAGUUUGAUGUCACUAUGGAGCGUCUGGAUGAGAGGAUGGAGGAGUUGCAGAGCCAGAUUUCAGGCCAGGAGCAGCACUGGAACAAUACGCAGCAGCAGCUCAGUGAUGCAAUGGAAGAGAAGCUGGAUCGCCUGGAGCUGAAGACUUUCCGUAACCAGAUGGAGGAGACCUGGAAGAGAAGUAUUGAGGAGCUCAGGAAUGAGAUGAAGCAGGGUGACAGUGGUGCUGGGAUUAAGAAGUGAGUGUGAUGGAGACACUGAUGGCUUUUUGGGGAGAGUGAUGGUCCCAUUCCCUCCAGCUCUCCCACACACUGCCCCUCUGGUCCCCUGCCACGGCACCAAUUCCACUGCUAAAUGAACCUCAGGGAAGCUGAUGAAGCAGCUGCACCUUCUCCUUCCACCAGCAGCGGGUUGCACACAGGCAAGGAAGAACAAGGAGAGGGCACCUGCAGGACAGAGCCCUCCCAAAGCAAAAUGGGGCUGUGGGUGCAAAGGCUCCCAGAAGCCAGGCUGGGAGAGGGCAACUGCUCCUCCCAGGCAGGGCUGUGACACGCCGUGUCCCAGAGCUGGAUCAUGCCCUGCCCUCCUGCCAUGCACACAGGGGACUUUGGUGCCCGAGAGGGGCUGCAAGCGCUGCAGGGGCUGCUUGGGAUGGUGACAUGGGUGCCUGUGGCCUUCCCCUGGCCUCAGCCAGCACCUUGGGGAU